CCUAGGUAAACAAGACCGAGCUAUGAUGGACGUCUGUUUACUCUGUGGAUUCGCUGUUCUGACCUCACUGAGUCUCAGUAUUCAGGCGAAAACCUGGGUAUUUGCAGUGAAUGGAAAUAGAAGACCGUGGAAUUUUAUUGACAGUGAUGGAAUAUUAAAAGGCGCGGAUCUAGACCUGGUGCAAGCAGUAUGUGACAUUGCCAAUCAGAAAUGUGCUAUGACUUUAGCUCCUAUCGGUGCAUGUGUAGAAACAAUAGAGGGUCGAUUUUUUCCAGGCGAGGGUUUAAUGGAAAGAUGGUUUGAUGCAUGCACUGGAUAUGUAAGUUCAGUGGAGCGUGUCAAUGCGCUACAGUUCACUGAUCCUAUACGGACUACAACCUCUACAUUUACUGUUCUAAAGGGAAACCCCAGGAAUUUCCAUCCACGGAAUUUACAGAGCGCGGUGAUAGUGCAUCUGAAUGGAGCUUUUACAAAUGAGCAGUGUGCUGUUAGGAUCGGGCUCGGGAAACCUAAACAGGUUGUGGUUGCUUCCGGAAUAGCAGAGGCCAAAGAACUGUUGAAAAACUAUACUGCAGAUGCGCUUUAUUCCCCGAAGACUCGUUUUGACGACUUGGAGGUUCUCCCAGGGAGGUAUAAAUGUGACGUCAGCGGUGUGGGAAUGAUGGUCAAGAAGGAGAGUGAGCUCCCUUUGUGGUGGAAUCCCGCCUUCCAGAAAUAUUAUCUGUCUGGAAAAUACAACGACGACUGUGAAAAAAUAACACAAAGAUACGGCGCUGACGAUUCAGAAACGUGUGUUCCUCGUGAACUACAGGCGAACUCUACAGGCCACAAGCAUACGAUCUACUCCCAGGAUGAGCAAUUCGAGUGUUUUGAUUUGAAAGGAAUGCACUUCAUUCAUUUAAAUGCACGAUCUCUUUUACCAAAAAUGGCUGAGCUGCGUAUAAUUGCCAGUAAAUCUAAGUCCUCAGUUAUAGCUAUUUCAGAAACCUGGAUCGACAACUCGGUUACAGAUAAUGAGAUUUCCAUCGAAGACUACUAUGUUCUAAGGAAGGACAGGAAUAGAUCAGGGGGUGGUGUCUGUGUUUAUGUACGAUCCAAUCUUGCGUUUGCCAGAAGAACUAAUAUAGACAACGAAAAUAUUGAGUCUCUUUGGUUAGAACUUUAUUUACCAAAAACUAAACCUAUUAUUGUUGGAGUUUGCUAUCGUCCUCCUACCCAAACUUCUUUUAUAGACUACUGGGAAGAAGAUUUCCGCAAAUUACGCACCGACUGUGAAACAAUCAUACUGGGUGACUUCAAUAUUUGUACAUCUAGAAAAGGCAACCCAUUAUACAAACCUUAUAUGAACAUUUGA